GGUACCUACAGCCUUGGAAAUGACAAUGAGCAGGAUUAUUCUGAAGCAGUGGCAGAUAGCUUCCACUGGCUGAAACCUUUCUACUCAGAGAGCAACAGCUUCCUUGAGAUCAAGGCCAGGAAUGAUGUGAUGCCCUGUGAUCAAGAGCAGGAAGUGCAAGUGGAUUAUAUCCUCGACCAGAAUAAACUCAGCUCUGAAGCAGACCAUAUUGAUUUCUACUACUUGGUGAUAGCAAAAGGCAAGAUUCUUUCCAGUGGAGAGAAGCAGGUGCCAAUUCUCCAGCAUGAGAAUCUGCAGGGUUCCUUCUCAUUGACUCUGACUAUUGGCAAUGACUUCCUGCCUGACAUCAAGCUGUUACUGUAUGCAGUCUUCUUGGAUGGAGAGGUGGUGGCUGAUGUGGAAGAGUUUCAAGUAGAAGAGUGCUUUAGACACAAGGUGGCACUGGACUUCUCACACAAGGAGGAAGUCCCGGGAUCAAAAGUCAGACUGGACCUCAAGGCUGCUCCAGGGUCCUUGUGUUCUGUCCAAGCUGUUGACAAGAGUGUUCUCCUGAAGCAGAACAAUACCCUAACAGCAAACGCACUGUAUGAGAAGUUCUUUGAUAAUGGCUUUACAAUUGGAGGGCGAGGGUUCCCUUAUCACUUGGAAGACUUUGAGGCAUACCCUUGUCUGCCCCAGCAGUCCAGUCACCACAAAAAGACUCAGAUGGGAGCACCAUGGUACCAAAGUGAUGCUGACGUCUUUAAUCUGUUUAAGAAAUUGCGCAUGAAAAUAUUAACCAAUACUAGAAUCAAGAAACCAGUUUCCUGUAUGCUACCAGGCUUUGAGAAAAAGAUGCAUUCUAGAAAAGACAGUAUUGUUGACCAUCAUGUUGCCCAUGGUGGUUCUGCACCUCGCUCUGAUGACGAGAAGAAGCCAAAACCACGGACACUUUUCCCAGAGACCUGGAUUUGGGAUUUGAUCUCCAUUGGGGAUGAUGGGCAGGUGUCUCUCGAAGUUGCUGUACCUGACACCAUCACAGAAUGGAAUGCCAACACCUUCUGUGUUGCUGAUACUGGCUUUGGGUUGUCACCUCUGACCACUCUUAGGGUCUUCCAGCCUUUCUUUGUGGAUCUGUCACUGCCAUACUCUGUGAUCCAAGGAGAGACUUUCAGUCUAAAAGCCACUGUCUUCAACUACCUCAAGGACUGUAUCCAGGUGCACACCACCCUCACAGAGACCCCAGAGCUAAAGGUGGAUGACUGUCCAGGCUGCCAGUUCACCAGCUGCCUCUGUACCAAUGAAGCAAAAACCUUUGAGUGGAACGUGAAAGCCACCAGGCUGGGCAAAGUGAAUGUCACUGUGAGCAGCGUGGCAGAAGAUUCACAUGAUCUGUGUGAUAACAGGAUUGCCGUGACACCUUUGCAAGGAGAGAGAGACACAGUGAUAAAACCUCUGCUUGUGAAGCCAGGAGGUGUCCUACAACAGAAGACCCAAAAUGCCUUUCUCUGUGUUGCAGAUAACACUGUCUCUGAAGAGUUCUCCCUGACUCUGCCUGAAAAAGUGCUGGAGGGAUCUGGACGAGCCACCUUCUCUGUGAUCGGGGACAUCAUGGGCCCAGCACUUCAAAAUUUAGAGCAGCUGCUAGAGAUGCCCUUUGGCUGUGGUGAACAGAACAUGGCUCAGUUUGCACCAAAUAUCUUCAUACUUCAGUACUUGAAUAAGACUAAACAACUGGACCCAGAAAUUGAAGAUAAAGCACUGACAUUCCUGAGAACAGGUUACCAGCGUCAGCUGCUCUACAAACAUGAUGAUGGCUCCUACAGUGCCUUUGGGAAAAGUGACAACCAGGGCAACACAUGGCUGACAGCUUUUGUAGCCAGGUCCUUUGGACAAGCCAGCUCUCACAUUUACAUCAAUAAGGAUCAUGUGCACAAUGCUCUGCUCUGGCUGCAGAAGCACCAGCUGCCCAGUGGCUGCUUCCAGAAUGUGGGGAAGCUCUUCAACAAUGACUUGAAGGGUGGUGUGGAUGAUACAAUUUCAUUAACAGCCUAUGUCACUGCUGCACUGGUGGAGCUCCGUCUGGAGAAGAAUAACACCAUGCUCCGUAAUGCCUUACGUUGCCUCAAGAAUGCAACACUUGAUAAGCCAAGCCUUUACAUCAAGGCCUUGAUGGCUUAUGUCUUCACACUGACCAAGGACAUGGAGAUGAGAGAGCAGCUCCUGAAGAGUCUAGACAAGGAAACUGCAGAGCUCCUGACAUCACAUUCCAGUAGUGAAGAAUCUUCUUCUUCUGUGAUUGAGACAGUAGCUUACAUCCUCCUGGCUCAUAUCUCCAAACCAGACUUGGGACACGAUGAAGCCUCAGUGAGCAAGCUUGUGCACUGGCUCAGUGGACAAAGAAAUGCCCUUGGUGGAUUUGCUUCCACACAGGACACAGUUGUUAGCCUCCAGGCCCUGGCUCAGUAUGCAACCCUGAUUCCUCAGGAGAUGAGAGAUGUAAAGGUGACAGUGAAAGGCAGGGAGGCUUCUCCAUUGGAAUUCCAUGUGCACAGAAACAACAAGUUGGUCCUCCAUCAGGCAUCUCUUCCUGCAGUCCCAGGGAUUUACACUGUGCAGGCAACUGGCAGUGGCUGCGUUUAUGUACAGACCACUCUGUACUAUAACACCCCACCACCAAGAACAGAAGAGGUGUUUGUCCUGGAUGUGGAAACAGUACCAAAAGAAUGUGAUGGUGUCAGGAAACAGCUUGACAUCCAUGUGUCUGUCAGUUACCUAGGGGACCGUGAGACCAGUAACAUGGCCCUGGUGGAGGUGGAGAUGCUGUCAGGGUUCAUUCCUAUGAAGAGCUCUGUGAAAGCACUGGAGAAGAUACCUCUGGUGAAAAAGACAGAGAUAAAACCAGACAAGAUCACAAUCUACUUGGAAGAGCUGGGUGAAACUUCUCUGAAGCUUAACAUCUCAGUGGAACAAGAUGUUGAAGUGCAGAACCUGAAAGCAGCAACAGUGCAUGUCUACGACUACUAUAAGCCAGAUGACUGCACAGCAAGAGACUAUGUUUUCCCCUGCAGUUCAG